AUGGAGAAGCUGGCGGCAGCUUUGCCCUCAUGCGCACUGCAAUGCAUGGUGUCGACGAUUCCCCAUUCUCCCUGCACCCUCACAAACCAAACGUGUAUGUGUACGGAUCCGGUCUUUACCGGCACACUUGAGAUAUGUGUCCAAGCAAACUGUACCAUUCGCGAGUCUCUAGCUACGAAGAACGUGACUUCAUCGGCUUGUGGGUUGCCGAUUCGAGACCGGACCAGUGUGGUCUCCAUUGCCGGGGUUGCUGGAGGAGCUUUGGCACUCAUUGCUUUUGUUCUGCGCAUGAUCGCGAGACUGCCAUGCUGUGGUGGUCAAUUUGGAAUGGAUGAUUUAGCAAUGAUCGUAACGAUGAAUCCCAAGAUCUACUUCUACGACGAAUUAUUGUAUCUCAGUAUCAUCCCACUGACCAAGAUCUCCAUCUGUCUCUUCUAUCUGCGUGUGUUUCCCGCGCGUCCUUUUCGAAUCAUGACAUAUGUCGUAAUAGGGCUGAAUAUGGGCUACCUGAUUGCUUUUGUCUUGAUCUCGGUCUUCCAAUGCAGACCCCUCAAGGGCGCCUGGCUGCACUGGGAUGGGGAAGGCCACUACUCGUGCAACAACAUCAAUGCCCAAGGCUGGUCUGCAGCAGCCAUCAACAUGGUUCUGGAUGUGAUUGUUAUGGCCCUGCCACUGCGCGAGCUGUAUCGGCUCAAUCUCUCACUGCGCAAAAAGCUUUUUGUCAUGUCCAUGUUCAGCUUAGGAAUCUUUGUCACUUUGGUCAGUAUCGUCCGACUCAACUCACUCAUCCAUUUUGCCGCGACCAAUAAUCUUACCUGGGACUAUGUCGAAAUCGGAUACUGGAGUACAAUUGAGGUCCAUGUGGGCAUCAUUUGCGCCUGUCUGCCGGCCAUUCGUGCCUUAAUGCGUCGUCUAUGUCCGACCCUGUUUGGAGACACUACUCGCGCAGCUUCCAAGCAGAGCGGGACUCGGUCGGGGAGAGCUGCUUCCAGAGGAGAGGGAAAUAUUCUCAGUCGUCCGAGCCUGAGCGCUUGGUCAGAAGGCAAGUUUGUGCCGUUGGUGGACUUGGAACGUCCCCCAAGAGACGCCGGUCGUCCAGCAUGA